GGCGGCGGCGGCAGCGGCAGCUGGGACUUCCCGCGCGUGGGCCGGCACGGGACUGGAGUCACUUCCCAUGGGGUGUGCCCCUUGAGACAUUCCAAGAGCCGCGGCUCGCUUUCGGUUUGGCUGGCCCAAGGCUACAUCAAAAGAAAACCAGUAAGCACCUGUGUGAGGAGGCCUCUGUGGGUAAGUCAUAGUUUUCCUUAUAUGACAUCUGGUCCUGGUUCUGUUGGGAUCCCAUUUAGGGACAGUGAGGUGUUUUAAUAGACACAUGAACUCCUGUCCAGGGAUCUAAGGAGAAGUCACACUGCCUGCCUGGUUCUUGGCCCCCUGUGCCCUUUCUGUUUUGUCUUUUCUGUCUCUUUUUCCUGCGUUCUGUGGUUUGGACUUUGGACUUUCAGUGACUGGUCGACAAAAUGGGAAAUAAGACUAGUAAAGUUGAUACUCCCCUAAACUGUGUACUGGACAAUUUUGAUGAACUUUACACCCGUAGUGUUAAGAAGUGUUAUAACUACCGUAUUACCAAGAAACGUCUCCGGACCUUCUGUCAAUAUACAUGGCCCAUGUUCGAGGGCAAAUGGCCCUCUGGGGGCACCUUCGAUCCCCAGGUGGCAUGGGCCGUAGUAGAUGCUGUCCGCAGAUUACCUGGCCAGCAGAACCAAAUUGGAUACAUUUUGCCUUGGGCAGAAGCAACAUCUAAUCCACCGCCAUGGAUGAAGGUUUAUAUGGUCAGAAAUGGCCUUCCUCAUUCCCCAUCGCCUCACCUCCCUCAGCCCCCACCUCAACCCAAACCUGUAAGACAUCCCCCACCUCAACCCAAACCUGUAACACACACCCCACCUCAACCCAAACCUGUAAACCCUCCCCCACCUCAACCCAAACCCCUAACACAUCCCCCACCUCAACCCCCACCCCAAGCUCUACCCCCGCCCUCUGAUGCCUGUGUGCCUUUUACCAGCACUGAUCUUUAUAACCAGAACAUCCAGAACCCUCCUUUCAGCACAACGCGGAGCUAUAUAGCCUAUGAGCCUUUAACCACCAGGGAUCUUCUGAACUGGAAGGUGCAGUGCCCCCCUUUUAGUACAGACCCAAAGCCCCUAAUCUCUCUAGUUGAAUUGAUCUUCCUCAUCCACCGUCCUACUUGGGAUGAGUGUCAAAUCAUCUUAUAUAUCCUCUUCACAAAGUGGGAGAGGGAACGGAUUCUGACGAAUGCAGCCAAAGAACUUUGUGGAAUGGAUGUCCUGCCUACACAGAGACCAGACUGGAACUAUAGGACAGAGGAAGGUAGGAGGUUACUCAGUGAUUACCACCAGGCUUUGCUUAAUGGACUAAAACGGGCAGCCCGGAAGCCCACUAACUUUUCCAAGGUGACAGAUACAAAACAAGGUCCAAAGGAACCACCGUCAGUGUUUCUCGACCGCCUCCUGGAGGCGUACCGUGAAUAUACAGCCAUAGAUCCAGAUGACCCAGCAAACCGCUUCACGAUUAACCUGAGCUUCGUAGCCCAGUCUUCCCCAGACAUACGUAAAGAAAUUCAAAGAAUGGAUCGAUUUUUUGAGAUGAGUAGGUCAGAAUUAUUGCAAGUAGCCCAGGAAGUGUUUGACAAUAGAGAGACUGAAAAACAAAUUCAGCUGUUGAAGAAUGUGAUCUAUGGGCAACAUUCCUGUGGCUCCUUCAGUUCUGGCCAAACAACAUACAACAGAAGGGGGAGGCCCCUGCGAAGAGACCAGUGUGCUUACUGCAAGGAAUUGGGGCACUGGAAACAUGAAUGCCCCAAACAGAGAUGGGUAGGUCCUCCCUGGCCAAGGCCACGUUUGGCUUUAGGACAAUAGUGGGGCCAUAGCUUUUUCAAAUUAGACCCCCAGGAGUCUAUGGUAAUAAUCCUUUCAAUUAGUACCAACCUGUAAACUUCCUAGUCGAUAUGGGGGCUUCACAAUUGGUAUUACAAAACCCCUAGGGCCUCUUGCCAUUCAAACAAUGGAAAUGCAGGGGCCAACAGGGGAAGUCAGAAAAUCUAAAUGGACUACAACAUGGACUGUUAAUCUGGGAGAGAGGGCAAUGAUUCAUUCCUUGUUUGCCUUGAAUGUGCCCAUUCCCUUUGCUGGGAAGUGACAUCCUAAGCAAGCUCCAGGCAACCAUCUCAUUCUCAGGAGAUAAGCUAGGGUGCCUAGCCACAAUCCUGACCAUUACUUGUCCCUUAAUCCGGUAGUACCUCCUUCUUUUUCUCCUCUAGGGUCUGACCCACGCCCCUGAGGGGAGAUUAAAAGAGCAACUGAUCAGGGAUGUUCUUGCUGUCUGAGCCAAAACCAGUCCUGGUCUGGUUAAGCAUGUGUUGCCAGUUAUAGUUCAGCUGACUUCUGAGGCCGUGCCCAUCCGAGUCAGACAGUAUCCCAUCAGUACAGAGACCAGAGAGGGAAUCAAGAUACAUCUCAGUUGCCUCCUCAAGACAGGCAUACUCAUUCCAUGCCAGUCAGCCUGGAACACCCCUACUACCAGUCCAAAAGCCUGGGACCAACACUAUCAACCAGUACAGGAUUUAAGGGGAGUGAAUAAGCAGGAAGAAACCUAUUUGCCCAACUGUUGCUAACCCUCUUUAUACUCUGCUCAGCAUGCUGCUGCCUGAGCAGGUUUAUACGGUACUGGAUCUAAGGGAUGCAUCUUUCUCUAUUCCCUUGUCAAAACUAAGUCAGCCUAUCUUUACAUUUGAAUGUGCUGACCCUGAACUGAGAAUAUCAGGGCAAAUGACCUGGACCGGAUUACCUCAGGGGUUCAGCAGUUCCCCUACCAUCUUGGAUGAAGCCCUCAACCAGGACUUAAGUCUCUUCUGCAAUGAGUAUCCAAAAGUUACCUUACUCCAGUAUGUGGAUGAUUUGUUGCUGGGAGCAAAA